GUAAAUGUUUAUAUACACAAAAUUAAGUCUAUUAUUUUUGAGUUGUAUGAUUUUGAAUAUAUAUACAAUAAUUUACACAUAUGUUAGUUUACUAAAAAGCGAAAUGAGUAUAAGAAUAAGUAAAAUUUGUAAUUAAUUUUUCAAUACAACUGGCAGAAAUUGAACGCGUGCAUAUAUGUAUAUAUACAGUAUAUAUGUGCAUACAUAAGUUUUCAUUUUUCUCUCCUUAAUGUUUGACUUUUAAUGUAUGCAGAUAAUCUUGUAAUGAUUUUUAAGUCGUUUUAAUAAUAAUAAAUAUAAUAAUCUUAUCAAAAUUCCCCCAGACGUAUAUGUAUGAUUUGCUAUAUAUGUAACUAUGUAUGCCUCUACACCACAUUAAUAUUUAGGUCAACAAGUAAUCUACUUGCAAAAAGAUUGUGUUGACUUUGAAAAUCUUUUGUAGUUCAGCUGAUAUUAACAAAUUAAAAUAGAUAUCAAUAUUAAUUGUAGAAGUGCACAGCAGAGAUCGCGUUCUCAUUAGAAUAAUGGAAAUAAGUUUGUUGUUUUUAAAUUCGUGGUUGGUAAAAAAUUGGAAAUUUGCCUUGACUGCGCUCCUGGUAAUAGCUUUUGUAAAAUUUGUGCGCCAUGUAAGUAAAUUACAAAGGUAUAGGAAAAUAUUUAAAUUUAGUAAGCAUAGGAAAACAUUGUUGGACGGCGAAGAAUAUGUGGGUGUUAACUUUAAUAGCAAAGAGAUCAAAGAGAAUAAACAGGCACAUGAUGACACUACUCCUAACAACAGGUAUGUGCCAGCAUUAAAAGUAGAUAAUCAUGUGCCAUUUGUUGGGGCAACAGUGACUCUUCCUGGUGGUACAAAACAAUUCUAUGAAUUAACUGACAAUCGUCGAAGUGUACGCUCUUAUAGCGCUACACGAAUUCCGCCACUUGAAUUGAUCGAGGGAUGUAUACGCGCUGCUGGCACAGCUCCGAGCGGUGCACACACUGAACCAUGGACAUUCUGUGUGAUUAGUGAUCCGGAUAUAAAACAACGUAUUCGUGCGAUAAUCGAAACAGAAGAGGAAAUAAAUUAUGUCCAACGUAUGCAUCGGCAGUGGACGACUGAUUUGACACCAUUACGUACAAAUCACAUCAAACCUUAUCUUACGGAUGCACCUUACUUAAUUUUGGUUUUCAAGCAAAUAUAUGGUUAUCUAUCAAAUGGCGAGCGCAAACAACAUUACUACAAUGAGAUAUCGGUAGCAAUAGCCACAGGGAUUUUACUAUGUGCAUUACAGGCGGCUGGUUUGAAUUCAUUGGUUACUACUCCCUUGAAUUGUGGGCUUGCCCUGCGUAUGCUACUCGAUAGACCGGAAAACGAAAAGCUGCUCUUGCUAUUACCUGUAGGUUAUGCCGCCGAUGACUGUGUUGUGCCGGAUUUGAAACGAAAAACUCUGGAAGAAAUAAUGCAUCUAUACUGACACAUUUACCUAUACAUAUUCAUAUAUGUAUAUGUACAUGUGGUAUUAUUGAAUAAAAAAAUAAAUAAUAGGUAAAUGAAAGGUUUAAUUUAACAAAAUUAUUUUAACUUUGAAAUGUGCACAAACCAUGUUUGUUACUUUGGUUAUUACUUUCUUUACUUUAAUACUAAGUAUUAUAUAUAUGUUAAGAAAAAUUAAUGCACAUGGCGACAGAAAAAUAAAAUAAGUGCGGAUUUAACGUUAAUAAGAUAACUAAAAUGACUUUAGAAGCAUUCGGUCCCUGUAAAACAUUCUAUAUUAAAAAUAAUGGGAUUAUUAUUUAGUUUUUUUAUAUUAUAUAUUAGUAAAAGUGUACGUUAAUAAAUUUGUAACAUUAUAUAAAACUA